AUGCAGGGCCUUUCACAUGCCGUCGCCCACUCCUCUCAUCAUUCCAUCCACAGCACCGCAACUGCUUCUAACACUAACAAAUCCAAUAUACCCCUCGCACAGCGUCUUCUCCAUCCUUCCAAUCCAUCUAUUCCUCUUCCCCCUAUCCUCCUCUCGAACCCAUCCAAUUACCAAGAGGUCAUUUCACAACUCAACAACGAACUCUACGACCUCAUCGCUCUCUCUUUACGCGCAUACAUCUCCUCUUUAUGGUGGCACACUUACAUCUCACCAAGAGACAAAUCUUUCUUACCUGAAAUAAACCUCACCAUCACCCACAUCUUACAAGCCCUCGAACAACGUCUCCUCGACGUCGCAAACCUUCCAAAUCUCUUCUUUCAUACUUUACCCAUUCUACUCAUACAGCAUUACAAAGAUUAUCGUUCAGCUCUUUCUAAACUUUCUACGAGUUACUAUGCGCCCAGUCCUCUACAAGGAUCGACGACUCGGAGCAACAGCACAAGUACCAAUGACCUCGCUCAUAUCUUCCACUCAACACAGCCUCAUCUCGGAGUAGACGAGUUCGGUUCCUUCAACGAUACCUACCUUCGUCAAAUCAUCGAUCACAUUCUCAAAGCGACUCUACCCCCAGAUGACUACCAAAGCGAUCUCGAAAGGUCCAUCAUUCGAGAAAUCUUGGUCAAACCCCUCCUUGGAUCAGCUGUCUUGCCUACUUUAUCACAACCUUGGUUCUUACAUUCUAUUGCCUUGUCCUUCUUAGGCGUUCCUUUACCAAUACAACCACACUCCCCGCCACCCCCUCCGCCACUCGAAUCGGAAUCAACCUCAAACUCCACAUCCAUAUCCUCCAUCCUCCUCCCGCACAACAUCCUCAUCUCCCUUCUCACCUGCAUCCAAUCCAUCUCAACCACCUGUCUAACCAUCAUUUCUUUCUUCCAAACCACAUUUACCUUGAUAUAUACCAUCAACACUUUACCAUCCCCAUCUUCAACGACGGAAGACAACAAUGGCGGCGGCAGAAGGCUCAAUAAGGGUAAUAUGAACUUUGAAGCAGACCGCAAGGCAGUAGAAUGGGAAGAGGAAUCGUCGUCGUCGUCAUCGUCACCAUCCAGGGGAAUUAUUACUACUGGGAAUGACGACACCGAUAUCGACAUCGUUCAACCUAUCGUCGAGCUAACCGCUCAAGUGUUCAAGAUGAGAGAAAGGACCGCAAGUACUGCUUUGCUGAUCUUUAUCAAAGCCAUUACGAUCUAUUUUAAAUCUUUCUUUAACAAACUUCUCCUUUACACACUCAAAACCAACCUACUCACCCCACCCCGAAUCGUUCAACUCGUUCAACUCUCGAAAAAGACUCUUUUCCCCCUCGAAGGAGGUUGGCCUGGUCCUUCACCUGAGGAUCCGUCACUUGAACAACAAUUAUUGAUGAAGGACGCUUUGGAGGAUAAGAUCCUCGAGAUGAUUCCGAGUUCACUACGACCUUACCUACUUGGUCCACCAUCACCGGCGACGAGGACGACGCAACGAAAGCAUAAAGAAGCGAUUAGAGACAUGCUAGAACCAUUAAGUGGGUCGAAGGAGUGUAAUGCUCAUCUAGUCAUGUUGGUCUUCGAAGCGGUCGUGUUGGCACUGUUCCCUGAGAUGGGAGUAGUAGGAGGAAGUGGAGGAGGAAGUGGAAGAAGUGGUCGAGGAGGACGUGGCGCUGAUGAUGAUGAUAGCGAUGGGCUUGGAGGCGGAGUGGAUGUGGAUGUGGAUGUGAAUGGAGAUGGGAGGUUGGGGGCCAGAAGCCAAACAGGAGAUGAUACGAAACCGCCAUCGGCUUCUGCCAGUGGUGACAGGUUGUCUGAGUACGCCAUUGCCAAAUCACCACUUGCGACUUAA